AUGGCUACUGAAUGUGCCAAUCCACUGCUUCUUCAAUGGCUCGGCGAAUGGCUAGAGACCGCGCGAGAGCGCAACAGCAAAGGCGUAAAGACAUACAAAAAGGCAUAUGACUCUAUGAAAGCAUGCCCUCUCACGUUUGCGCAUCCGUCAGAGGCACAGCAGCUGCACGGGCUCGGCCCAAAGCUCUGUGACCGUCUCACAGAGAAGCUUAAAGAGCAUUGCGUCCAAAAUGGCCUGCCCAUGCCUGAGCCUCCCUACAAAAGAAGAGGCGGGAGACGCGCAGCAGAGGAUGAAGCAGAACCUAACGCGGCGCCGAAAAGGCAACGCAAGCCAAAGCCCUACGUUCCGGUGCUCCGCUCUGGUCCUUAUGCUCUCAUUCUUGCGCUAUCGUCUGUCUCCGAAGACGCGCUGCAGGGACUCACUAAAGCGCAAACGAUUGAACGUGCGCAGCCGCAUUGUGACGCUUCAUUCACCGCUCCCAGUGAUCCGACCAAAUUCUACACGGCAUGGAAUUCCAUGAAGACUCUUCUCGAAAAGGAUCUGGUCUACGAGCGAGGCCGGCCGUUACGGAAAUACGCGUUGACAGAGGAUGGCUGGGAGGUAGCCCACAGGAUCAGGAAGACUGCGGAAACAGGUCAAAGAAACAUUGAUGCUUUUGUUGGGCAAAAUCCAGCACACCUAGCCGUAACCUCUGCUCCAGAUAUUAGCACAGCAACAGAAAGCGCUGGUUCAAAGGACACAGCAGCAGCAGCAUCUCGUCCAGAGCACCGCAGAUCAAAAUCAAGAAUUGACGAGGACGGCUUCAUAGAGCUAUUCUCUAGCUCUCCGCUUCCUGAACGACCAGCUUCUGCUCCAGUAGCUAUCCAUAACAACCCAAGGACUGCUCCUUCCGGCCCCGCCGAACCACAAGCAAGGCCUCAGCUAGGUCCACCAAGUGGACAACCUACUCAGCCUCAGCUACAGUCCGAACAAACCACCCUGCCAGAUUUCCAGCCAGUUAUCAUUCCCGCAUCGUCUUUUUCGAUCCACCUCGUCCUCGACAAUCGGGAAGUCCGAGCCAAGACGGACAGGGACUACAUCCAACAGGAGCUUGUCAAGAAGGAUGUCGUUCCAAUAAUGCGCAGUCUCGAACUGGGUGAUGCGUUAUGGGUAGCCAAGUGUCAUGAUCCAAACCUGCUACGAAGUCUCGGCGAAGAAGGCGACGAGAUUGUGCUCGAUUACAUUGUCGAGCGUAAGCGUCUCGACGAUUUAGUCGGGAGUAUCAAGGAUGGCAGAUUUCAAGAGCAAAAGUUCCGACUGCGCAAAUCCGGCGUGCAAAACGUAAUAUACAUCAUCGAAGAAAUCACACUCAGCCAGGACGUCGCAUCGCGGUACCACGAGGCCGUCGACUCCGCCAUUGCGUCCACCCAGGUCGUCAACGGCUUCUUCGUCAAACGCACCCCGAAACUCGACGAUACCAUCCGCUAUCUUGCCCGCAUGACAGCCACGCUGAAGCGCAUGUACGAGUCUCGGCCCCUUGCGCUUAUCCCUGCCUCGGUCCUUUCUCCCACAACAUAUCUUCCUCUUCUUGACCAUUUGCGCUCUACCGCUUCUUCUUCAUCUGGCGCUGGACUAUCUACCCUCACAGCUCCUAGUCCAAACUCCUCACGCAAUUCAUCCUCGUCUUCGUCUUCGUAUUACAUCACAUACCCCGCCUUCUCCUCGCUCGCGUCCAAAUCCGAGUCCCUCACUCUGCGCGACGUCUUUCUCAAAAUGCUCAUGUGCACGCGCGGCGUCUCCGGCGACAAGGCGCUCGAGAUCCAAAAGACGUGGAAAACUCCUGCAGCGUUCUUCGCCGUGCUCGAUGCCUCUUCCACCGUCGAUGCCAAUAACAACAACAACAACAACAGCAACAGCAACAGCAAUGAUGACACCAAAAAGCGGGAUGAGUUGCUUUUUGCCCGAAUGGGAAACCUCGUCGGCCGCAAAAAAGUAGGAAAGGCGCUAAGCAAAAAGGUCGCGGAGGUCUGGGCCGGUUAGUGCUUGGAUGGUCCAGCGACGAAGUGUGUUGGCUGUAGCCAUUGGCACAGUAUUGGAUUCAGCAGAGUUAUCCGCACGAGAAAUGUAAUACGGCAUGGGAGGACUCAAGAUGCCUUUGAACACAGACACGCUUGGUUUAUUUAGCAUGCAAAAAUCUAUCCGAUCCACAUGGUGGAGAUGGACAAGGCAGAGCCUGCCUGAUAGAGCAUUACCAAUAAUGCAUAAUAGCAUUUAGACUGCUGGGAAAUGGCUUGAUCUGUUACCAUCUAGCCGACCACCACGCCACCACGCCCGAAAAAAGGGUUUGCCUGGGGAAGGAUUACCCAG